UCACUGACAGUACAUAUAUCAGUCCGCCGGGAGGAAUUUCGGCCUGCCAUUGUUACGCUCUCGACACCGGGGCCGGGACCGGUUGCGGGGCGAAAUAGACUCCAAGCCCGUCUUCUCGCCGCAAAGACGGCCGUGACAUUGACACCGCAACCGCGCGACGAGCGAGAAGACUCAGCUCGGCCCUGCGGACCGCUCCCGGCCGGGUGAGGAUGUUGUAGAGGUGGCGAGCGAGGAAGGGCGGCUAAAGAUGUCAGCGGGCUUCUCCAUUUUAAAAGCCCUCGUCAAGAACAGGAAGAUUUAAAAAGCAGUAUCUUCAUAAAGCGCACUGGUAACGUGAAGGCCCCCUUGAUGUUCUUUUUAAACUACAUGUUAAGUUGACUGCGGUGCCCUCCUUCCCCCCGUUCUUCAGAACAAUGAGCAUAGAUCGCCAGUAGCCUCCUCCAGCCACUGAAGAAGUGGUACGCAUAGACAAUCACUUGCAAAGGCAUCGCUGCUGGUUCCCGCACCAAAAAGGCGUUUUAACAGGGUGUUUAACAUAAUCAAUGAACAGAGAACAACAGACAAGAGCAACGAGCUGAUUGCAUUCAAGUUCCUCGUUUGUGAACCAGAUAAAUCAUAUUACCGAAUAUAAUCCAUCCAUCUAUUUUGAACACCGCGUAUCCUGAAGAGGGUUGCGGGGAAUUGCUGGAGCCUGUCCCAGCUGACUUUGGGCGGAAGGAAGACCGCACCCUGAACUGGUCGCCAGACAAUUUACAGGGCACAUAUGGGCACAAACGACCAUUCACACCCACAUCCACACCGCCACUGAGUGGGAACCGAUCUCACGCACACAAGUCAGGCGAUUUUUCCAUGGAGGCAGGCUCGUCCCUCAGCCUCAAACGACGAUAUGAAGAGGUGGACAACGGCUCUCUCUUUUCUACACCAAAAGACUCUGACGAUGAUAUCUCAAGCAGUGACAGUGCUGACAGCUGUGACAGCCUCAACCCCCCCUCCAGGACAGAGUUCACUCCCACCUCAAUCCUCAGACAACACAAACUGUCGCCGGGAGGCAAGCGGGUGCGUUUCGACGCGGUGACAGUGUAUUAUUUCCCCCGGAGGCAGGGCUUCACUAGCGUACCCAGCCAGGGGGGCAGUUCGCUGGGCAUGGCUCAUAACCACUCGUCCAUCCGACGUUACACGCUGGGGGAGUUUGCUCGGGAGCAGGAGAGCAGUCACCGACACACCUUACGCCAACACCUGCGGCAGGAAAAGCUCAAUGCCCGCAAGCUGAAGCUGACCAGGAACGGCACAGUAGAGUGCGCCCAAGCCGAACUGCUGACUCUGGAUGACGUUUCGGACGAGGACCUCGACGUGGACGCCGUGGAGGUGGACGACUGCUUCUUUCUACAGCCUCUGCCCACUAAGCGUCGUAGAGCUCUUCUACGAGCCUCCGGAAUUGCUCGCAUUGACGCCCGGGAGAAAAUGGAGCUGCGAGCCAUCCGCCUAUCCCGGGAAGAAUGUGGCUGUGACUGCCGUCUGUACUGCGACCCUCGACACUGUGGCUGCAGCCAGGCUGGCAUCAAGUGCCAGGUGGACAGAAUGUCCUUCCCAUGUGGAUGUUCCAGAGAUGGUUGUGGCAACUUAGCGGGCCGCGUCGAGUUCAACCCUCUUCGUGUCCGGACACACUACCUGCACACUAUCAUGAAGUUGGACCUGGAGAAGAGGAGCGUACUGCUACAAGUGCCCGGGGAGAAGUACGCCGAGUCGGACCCUGUGUGCUCUCUGUUCUCCAAUUGCCCCGCAUCAACGGGCCCGGAUGAGAGCGGUGUGCGUGCAUGUCUCUUGGAGGCAGAGGAGGACAUCCUUGAGCGGGAGAAUGAGACCGCCGUGUUGCACCUGCAGAGCGCCGUGGAGCAGGAGAGGCGGGCAGAGGAGCCGCAGGUGGAGGAGGUUCUUCUGCAGGGGCCUUUCCCAACCGGGACCGCCGUGCUCUGCAUCAACCAAGAUGAGGAGAGUCCCACAGACCUUCUCAGAGACUCUGCCCCUCUCCACUACUACCAACUCAGCUCCAUCGAGCCGACCAUCCUGGAGCCGACAGAAGAGGAGGUUCAGGAGGCAACAGGAGACGAUUGUUUAGGCAGCCGGUUCCAAAGUGAUCAUUCGAAGCUCCACCAUCGUGAAGAGUGUCUCGAAGAAAGUGCGGAGACAGCGGUGGCGACGCAACCUCUUCCUCCUGACGUUUAGGCCCAGCUUACCUGCAGAUAUUUUGCACAAAUAAAACAACAUUUCGCGUCGAACUCAGUUGCAUUUGUAGAGGCUGGAGCACAUGGAGAUCAGGAGUCAUACGUUACGGUAUAUGCAGUCACGUGACUUUCAUUGUGAAUUGUGUUGGGGGUAGUAAACACAGCCUUAUGCAAAAAAAAAAAUGCAGGGGAACGUCCUGCUUGCUAACUUCGGAGACAUCCCAGAGAAAAAGCGAGUGACUUCACUAACACUUUGAAUCGCAGCAGAUGUGUCUGAGCUAUAGUCCAGCCAAAUUAUGGCAUAAACUGACCUAAUAAUCCUGGAAAUACUUGUUUUCUUGUGUACUGUAUAAGUGUUUGUGUGAUUGCGAGGCCGAGCCGCCGGUGUUUGCGCGCACGCCGAGCUCGUCUGCGCCGGCCUUUGCUCAUCUUUCACAAACGCGAUCUUUGUGUCGUCGUUGCAACGCCUGUGAUAUUAUGACAUCUUUGUGUGAUGGAUCGCUUGUGGUUGAGGUGCUACUGGAAAAUUGUCAACUUUCAUCCACCUGGAGUUGUGCUAGAAUGGUAGUUUGUUACGCCGAUUUCCACAUUACGUUCACAACGCUGCUUAAAUCCAAUGUGAUCUUGUAAUGUUUACAUACGGAUCACUGCUAGCCACUCUGGACCACUUCUGAACAGACAGACAGACAUCGUUGCACUUUGUACUGUAUUCUUCUUCGGGAAAUAAAAGAUUGGUCUAGACUGCAAGCUCUGCCGGCUGCAGAGAGCAAUGAUAGGCCUGUUCCCCGGCUGGACCUGUUCCAGUGUGUCCUCAAACAACCCCUAGAUUACAUUACCCGCAGCCCUGUUGUAGCCCUAUUUUAACACUAGACCUGUUCUGGUGGGCCUGCUCUAGAGUGUAAUGUCUGUCCUUUGAAUGAUUCUAAGUAGGGGUAUGCUAGUAACGAUAUCAAUGUGCGAGUGUGUGCGUGUACAGUAAAGUCCUCCUCAGCAGUUGUUAGCACUACAGCAGUUUGACACAUCAGCAAAUCCUCCUUUGCGUCAAAGAAAGGUCUUUGUUCAAUUUGUUGUCAUUGUGUUGAGUGAAAUUGUAUGUCAAAAGUACUGGAGGUAUUGCAACUCCUUUAUUGGUGAGCAGAGUGAAUACUCAUUCUGAUAUUGCUCUUAAAAAAAGGUGGUGUUGAACGUCCCUAAUUCUAAUAAUCUCUAUCGAGAGUCAAACCUAAAACUCUCCCUUGAGUGUGUCAUGUCAGGCCUGUUUUCGAUUUUCACUCCACAGCCUGUAAAUUGUCACCUAACCUUGCUCAAGCAUGUUGUACGCCUUUUAUUCGACUACCUGCUGGCCCUUCUUUAGUUUAACCGUAAACCCACGCUGUACUGUCCAACCAGAUGUUCUAGAAUGUAACCGUGGAUAUGUUCUAGAACACAGGUGUCAAAGUCAAGGCCCGGGGGCCAGAUCUGGUUCACCACAUCAUUUUCUGCGGCCCGCGAAAGCGAAUCAAGCAUGUCAUGUUCCAUGAUGCUUGCUAAAGUCUGAACCAAAAUUUCAAAUUGUAUGUAUGUAAUCCACAAUGACAGUCAUUAUUCUUGACCUUCCACUAGUUAUCCAUCAAUUUGUUGUGCGCUGUGUAUGUAAUAUGUGGCGGUGAUUGAACACAUACAGGUAUAUGGUUCCCCAAAAUUCAUAAUGGCCCUCCAAGGGAAAACCGUAACUGCAAUGUGGCCCGCGACAAAAACGAGUUUGACACCCCUGUUCUAGAGGAUAAAAUCAGGACCUAUCCUCAAACCAAAUCUCGAGAGUUUACACUGGAACUACUAUACGUAGAUGUUAAAUUUCCCUUUAGACUCCGACCAUAACUUGAGUCUGACAAAGGUUAUGUUCCAGAAUGUAACCUGGACCUGUUCCAGAGGCUUGACUCUUGAGUGUAGCUCCAGUUCUGUACUAGAGUUGAACAAAAUGCCUGUAAGCCUGACAAGUAAAUGUCAGCCUGCUCUGGAGUGAAUGUCCUGUCCUAGGAUGUCACUCCUGGCCUGUUCUAACUGGGUAGUCUGUGAUCUUUUCUUUUCAAUCCAACCUUUUCACAAGUACAGGUUUGACUCUGUUUGAGGGUGUAUUUGUAGUGUGAUCCUUGGCCAGACCUAGAAUUCUAAAUAAAAUCUGCGGGAGUGUGUCAGGAGUGUGACAAUACUUUUUAACCGUUCUAGAGUCACACCUCAACUGGUUCAAGAGGGUUAUCUGGCCCUUCUGAUAUUCUGUAAUGAUCCCUGUGGCCAGCUUUGGGACUUUUCAAGAGCCCCAAGGCUCUUGUACAGAAUACCAUGAGGCAUGUUUUACAAACUUGUUCCUACACAGAGCCUGUACGCCAAACUAUGCUAAACCAAUUCUAGAAUAUAGCCUCGGCCUGCUCCAGAGUGUUGGGGCUUAUUUGUUCUGAAAAGUUCCCCGACCUGUUCUAAAGCAUAGCAUUGGAUCUGUUCAAGAGGGUACCUCAGUCCUGUUGCUGUUAAUGUUUCCACAAGUCUGGCAAAUCCAACCCGUUCUAGGGUACCAGGCCAGGUCUAGUCUAGAGUGUAACUGCAGGCCUGUUGUACAGUGUAUGGUGAGUCCUACAACAUUUUUCAAUAUCGCUCACAUGAAUGAUGAAGUAUACUGUAUGUAUUGAUGCGUCAAGUGUAACAGCAGAUUUUUGCACCGUCGCCUCUGAACAAGAGAUGUGUCACAUGAAGAAAAGAGUGUUUAAAGAGAAAUAUGAUAUUGCGUGGUGCAGCUUGAUAAGUGUGUGUGUGUGUGUGCGUGUGUGCGUGUGUGUGUGUGUGUGUCCACAGAUGUACUGUAUUUAGGGGGCUUGGGAAGCAUAACAAUGAGGAAAUCCUGUGUUUUGCAAAGGUGCUUUUUUUCCUGUAACGCUUCAUGCAGGAGGUCAAGGAAGGCGAUUGCUGCUUUACUGUGACACAUUCUUGUGCUUAUGACAAAAUCGUGUCUGUGAUGUUUUAACUUUUAUGCUACUUAAAUGUCAUUUUUAAAAAAAACAAUACUAAACCAUCUUUUUCAAUGUGCUGACAUGUAUGAGAUGUUGAUGUCAUUUGCCUUUAUUUGUUUUGUCUUAAUCCAAGUGUGCGUCACCAAAGCAGUGGUCUUCACUCUCCUGAGAGGAUGACUCUGUAGUUGUGGCCUGCCCUUCAUCACGCUUGGCUGUUUGCGAUCACUCUCAGUAUAAAUGUGUGUGUGUGCGCGUGUGCGUGCACGCGAAGGAUAAGUGUGAUUGUUAGAAUGCCGGAAAGACUUAUUAAAGAGCUGUGGAGAGCCGCUCUCUGGAAUCAGUUCUCUAAAAGUGGACAAAAUAAGGUCUUUUUCUAUAUAAAAAUAAAGUGCACAUUUAAGA